CUGAAACAAGAAAAAGAAGAACUGACCAAACAAAACAUGAAACUCAACAAGGAGCUCUCAAGCCUCGAGACAGCGCUAGAGAUCCGUCAGGAAGAGAUGCAGCUUAUGGAAGACCGAGCGGAAACUCUCGAGAGAAGGAUUCUCGAAGGAGUCCUUGACCACGCUCGGAGCGUGCUUCUCAGCCGGCCCGGGAACCACACGCAUAACAUGAAUCUGAAGCGGGUGUCCAGCUCCGCCAGUACUGCUACCAAAGCCAGCCGGGUCAGCACUACCAGCAUGGCAAAGGACGGCCGUAACUUGGUUAGCAGCGGUGUUGGAAUGGCACUCAAACGACGAAAUGCAUCGAAAGUCAGUCACAACGGAUCUGUCGUGUCCUCCAACCCGGGGAAAGAGCGCAGGAUCCUCAGUCUGAGCCAUGUGACUGGAAACAAGGGUUCCACUGACCGCCCGCUGACGAUGGUGCCGGCGGGCAACGGGGCGCUGACAAACCUCAAGCGGAGUCACUCGGUCAAAUCUAACCUGCCGUCGCGCAAGACCUCGUGGGGCGGAAAUGACGCUGUUGCCAACAAAGAGAAUGAAAUUGUGCAAGAGGAGGAAGAGCAUGACAGCGGAGCAGAGAGUGAUACCGGAACGCAGAGACGGACGAGCUAUGCCGGCACCUGUCCCGACAGCUUGUAUGACCCGAGAGACCGGAAACCUAGCUACGCCAGUUCCAUCAACGGAGUAGUCGCUGAACACUCUGGGUCCAUCCUCGAAGAGAAUGAUGAGGACAAAGAGAAUCGGGAAGCUGGUGACGGGGAAGAUUACCAACAGACCGAAGGCGACCCAACCAGUGCAGAUCUGGACGAGGUCCCUCAGGAAGGACUGUCCGAACUAGAGCCGCCGCCGAAAAUGACUGACAUGAUGCCUGCUUGCAGCGACAGUGGCAUCGGGACAGAGAUCAAUUAG